GGGUGGCUCUGAUCUUGGUUACACAGAAUAGUUGCCGUAUUUGAUCCUGAUAGGAUUUCUGCAGACAUGGAGCUUCUUCUUCUAUUUCUGAGCUUCUGUUUCCUGACUUUGUCCGGACUGACGUUUGCUACUGAAUCCGGGACACCUGUCACCACAGUAACUGUGAAAGAAGAUGAUGAUGCCAUUUUACCCUGUUCCCUCUACACCAAUGUGAAUAUUGAGAAAAUGCUGUUUGACUGGAAAAAGGAAGGAACAGUUCUACAAAAGGAGGUUUUCAUGUAUGUUGAGGGCAAACAUUACAAUAAUGGCCUCCCAGGUCAAGACGAGCAGUUCAGAGAUCGAGUCUCACAUUUUCCUGAAGAGCUGAAGUACAGCAAUGCCUCCAUAAGGAUAAAACAAACAAAGCUGGAGGACAAAGGAAUCUACACCUGUGACUUUCCACGUCUGCAGCCAGAAGCCAAAAUAUUUCGCAUUGAGCUUGUUGUUGGUGCAGCUCCACAGCCUUCUGUCACAAAUCUUGAUCAAACAAAUGACUGGGCGCUGCUUCAGUGUGAUGUAAAUGGUGCCUACCCCAAACCUACAGUGGAGUGGUGGAACAGUAACAAUCAAAUCAUUCCUUCUGAGGAGCCGCAGGUCUCUAAAAAAGGAGAGCACUUUUACGUCACCCUCAAAACUACUGUGAAAAAGACUGACCGAUAUCGCUGUGCUGCCACACAGAAGGACAUCCACCAUCAGAUAUAUAAGGAAAUCAAUGUACAUUUAAAUGGGCUCCCUGAAUGGGCUGCCGCACUCAUCAGUGUUCUUGUUGUUUUUAUUAUUGCUUUAGUGAUUGCCCUUGCAGUUACAGCAUACUGUUUGAAGAAAGAUUCACAAAGAAUGGAAAAUGGCCCCUCCUCAGAGCUGCAGAGAAAUCUCACCUCUGAAAAAGUUUGAAGGUUGCGGGGGCGCUGGAGCCGAUCCCAGUUAUCAUAGGGUGAGAGGCGGGGCACACCCUGGACAGGUUGCCAGUCUGUCGCAGGGCCAACACACAGAGACAAACAACCAUUUACACUCACAUUCCCCAUUAUCCCCACUAACUGCAUGUCUUUGGACUGUGGGUGGAAGCUGGAGUACCUAGAGAGAACAUGCAAACUCCACACAGAAAGACCCCGGCCUGAUGGCGGAAUUGAACUCAGAACCUUCUUGCCGUAAUCGUCUCCAUGUUAAUGCACAUGUUUCCAUCAUUGAAACCUUAGUUUGAUCAUUUACUGAUCAUCUCAGUGUUUCCUCCUCUGCUGCAGUUUCACGGCUCCUCCUCCUGACUCCAGAUUUGCUAAUGACGUGAAGAUGUUUCAAGAAAUCCUCUUUUAAAUGCACCCAAGACAGUAUAAGGUUUUACUUUAGUUGCCUAACUUUAAGCUUACAGUAGUCAAAACUUGCUUCCACACAUGACUUUAACAGUAAUUAUACUGUCUUGCUGAGAUAUUGUUAGAAUAAUAUAUUUUGACUUUUUAAUGUCACAAUGAUAUCUGUUCUUACAUAAACGUGUGCAGCUUUAUAAAUAAUUUGCUGACCAAACGUUCUGUGAC